GGAACGGGAGGGAUGGGCGCUCUCCGCCCCUCAGAGCGGCCCCGCCCCAUCGGCAGUGAUCGCGGCGGGCGGCGGAGGCGGUGUCGGGCCGGUAUUUUAGGCACUUGCAGAGAUUGACCACAUCACAGUUAUACAGGCAUGUUUCUUGCUUCCCGAAACUUCUGUUGCCAUGGCAUUAGAACAUGCCUGCUAAGAACAGAUUUGCUUUCCAGAUCCAUCAAACAUUUCACCUCUGCAAUAAAAACAUUUGCUAUCAAGAAUAAGACAAUGUCCUUCAGACACAAAAAUACAAGACGAAUUGAAGGCCUUGAUAGCAAUGUGUGGGUUGAAUUUACAAAAGUGGCAGCAGAUCCCUCAAUUGUUAAUCUUGGUCAAGGCCUCCCUGAUAUAUCCCCUCCCAGCUAUGUUAAAGAAGAGCUGGCAAAAGUGGCAGCAGUGGACAGACUGAACCAGUACACCCGAGGCUUUGGACAUCCAUCACUGGUGAAAGCCUUGUCUCAAGUCUAUGAGAAAGUUUGUGGAAGAAAGAUUGACCCUCUCACAGAUAUCCUGGUGACUGUGGGAGCUUAUGGAUCUCUCUUUAGUACAAUACAGGCACUAGUUGAAGAGGGAGAUGAAGUAAUAAUAAUAGAGCCAUUUUAUGACUGUUAUGAGCCAAUGGUAAAGAUGGCGGGUGCAAAGCCUGUUUUUAUCCCACUCAGAUGUAAAAAUGAUGGAAGCUCUGCAUCUAGUGCUGAUUGGGUCUUAGAUCCUGCUGAACUUGCAAAUAAAUUUAAUUCCAAAACAAAAGCAAUUAUUCUGAAUACUCCACACAACCCGAUAGGCAAGGUUUUUACCCGAGAAGAGCUCCAAGUAAUAGCUGAUCUCUGUAUUAAACAUGACACCCUGUGCAUCAGUGAUGAGGUGUAUGAGUGGCUGGUGUAUAAAGGGAAGAAACACAUUAAAAUAGCUACGUUGCCAGGUAUGUGGGAAAGAACAGUAACUAUAGGAAGUGCUGGAAAAACAUACAGUGUAACUGGUUGGAAGCUUGGUUGGUCCAUUGGUCCUGAGUACCUGAUUAAGCCUUUGCAAGUUGUUCACCAAAAUACACUAUAUACUUGCCCAACUCCAUUACAGGAGGCUUUGGCACAGGCAUUUUGGAUAGACUAUAAACGCAUGGAUGACCCAGACUGCUAUUUUCACUCCCUGUCUCGAGAGCUGGAAAGCAAGCGUGAUCGGAUGGCCCAGCUACUGAAAGAGGCUGGGCUAAAGCCUGUCGUUCCAGAUGGAGGAUACUUUAUGAUUGUUGAUGUUUCCAUGUUAAAUGUGGAUCUCUCUGAUGUAGAUGAGAAACAACCUUAUGAUUAUAAAUUUGUCAAAUGGAUGAUAGCAUCUAAGAAGCUGUCAGCAAUUCCUCUUUCAGCAUUCUGUGGUCCUGAGACAAAGAAACAGUUUGAAAAAUACAUACGUUUUUGCUUCAUUAAGAAAGACAGCACACUAGAUGCAGCUGAAGUGAUCCUGAAGAACUGGAAUAAACAGACAGGCUGAUUUUUCUUAUUAACUCUUCCAUAUGGUAUAACUAUCUAAUAUUAGGGUUUUUUUUAAUUGGAAAUUUAAGAAAAAAAUUACUUAAUACAGUAGAGAAUGAAUAUGACAUUGUAAAUAACUUUUUGCUGCUACCUGCUGAGGAGUUAAAACAAUGAUUUUCUGAAAUAUGUGUAAUGUAACUCAGAGGUUAUUUUCAGUCUUUUAAAAAUAAAUUGCUUUUCUCUUAAAGAAA